GUACGUAGCUAGUUGUGUCCAAACUUCCUUAAUAUAACCCCAAAAAUGAUAAUUAAUUUCUCCCUUCAACUAAACCAUCAUCAAGUUCAUCUCUCCUAAGUUCACUAAUGCAGCAAACAACCAGAAGGAGCUGAGAAGGUCAGAGUAGGUGAUGGAGUUUGAUUUUCUGCUGGAUAACCUGGACGUAAUCUUUGUCCCAGCAGGGCUCUUGAUCAUGUUCACCUACCAUCUCUAUCUCAUCUACCGAGUCAAAAGGUAUCCUGCAACAACAGCAAUCGGCUAUGAGAACUACAACAGAAUUGCAUGGGUUGAGAGAAUGAUGCUGGGUGAUUCGAGUGUCAAAAGCCUUGCACUGUCUGUGAUUUCAUCGAACAUAUCAGGUGCAACUUUCCUGGCUUCUGUUACCCUAACAUUGAGCUCUGUCAUAGGAGUAUGGUUGGGAAGCGCAUCUAGCAAUCUCUUCAAGAACAUGUUUAUACUUGGAGAAAAAAGCUUUACCACAGUUUCCCUCAAGUACAUAAGCAUGCUCUUACCAUUUAUACUAGCCUUCGGGUCAUUUGUUCAGUCGGCGAGGUACUUAGUUCAGGCUGGUUUCUUCAUAAGCACACCGAAUACCGAUGUGCCGGUGGAGUACGUGCAAUCGUCGGUGAUAAGGGCUAAUAAUUUCUGGCAUUUUGGGUUGAGACUGCUCUAUUUUGCCCUAGCUUUCAUGUUUUGGAGUUUCGGGUCAAUUCCUAUGUUUGUGUCAUGCUUGGUUAUGGUGAUGUUACUGUAUUUCUUGGACGCCAAUUCGGCACCAUUGCAUCCAUAUCGGCCUGUCAAGAAGGUGAUAGAAGAUGAGGGAAGCCGAGCACCAUGGAAAGCUGGUGGCCAUGGUGGAGGAGUUGGCCGCAACAGUUAGGUGCACUCAUAUCAACAUUAUUGGUAAUUUUUCAGGAUCCGGCUCCUCUAUUGCACACAAGAGGUCCUAGCUCAGAUCCAAUGCUCUAGAGUGUCUCAUCAAGGAACCCAACACACGGAUGUUGUUGGAUCUGAGUUGCUGCAUCUUGUACCCAGUAGAGGAGCCCUUGAGCUUCAUUGAGAAUUCAACGGCCAAGACAAGUUGCCCUGAAUUGUUUGUAUUGAAUUACCUUGUAUGACAUAGUGUGAGCGAUCGUUAUCCUUGAGAGACAUGCCAAGUGCCCUCUUUUUUUAUUUUCCUUUUUCAGGAAACUGCCGAUUGAAGUC